UGCGCGCGCCGCGUGCGGUUGUGGACACCCACACCUCACCCGUUACCCGCGCUUCGUUCACUAAACUCAGUGUUCUGGCUCGCAGCCAACGCGUAACUACGUAAACCGCGCAAUUUCUCUCGUAAAGAAUUAGUAUGUGAAUGCGAAAUUUUUAUUAGUUCUGCACGAAAACUAGUGAAAUGUUAUUGUUGGCGUACUGAUCGGAACGCGCGCACACUUCUCUGCGAACUUGAAACUUCAUGAGGGACUGAUUGUUUUUAUACAUACUGCUAAGAUUACUCUUCACUGCAAAAUCCAGUUAUGAUUAUAAGAAUACCAUGGCUUCUACUGCUAGAAAUAGUUAUUUUUAUUACGACGAUAUCAGGUAACCCUUUAUUUUUACAACAAUCUGGAAGAAAUAUAAAACCAGUAAUAAGAUGGAGACCACCGAUGGAUACAUGGAAUUGGACGGAAUCACCACGGAAUGAUGAACCGUUCUUUAUACCAUCUAAUUUUACUCACAAACUACCUCCGUCCGCCAACGAAACAGAACUCAUAGCUCACAUGGCAGCCCUGAAACGAAAUUACUCAAGACUUUUGUGGGAUAGUGAUAAAAGUUCAAAUUUGCCUCUCUUCGUGGACAAAGCGCUAAAACUAUUAAAUCUAAAACAAGUUUAUUAUGAAGUAGAACAUUCUGUUAUGUCCAAAGUAUCAUGUACAGCAUGUAAGGCCGGAGCUGGUCUUUUGCAGCAUUAUAUGAGACUUGGAAAAAGUAAAGAAGAAAUAAAUAAAAUGAUAUAUCAAUUUUGCGUAUCUUUAAACAUACAAUCUGCAAGAGUAUGUGAAGGCAUUACAAGACUUUUCGGGAGCGAAGUUGUAUACGUAUUAAAGCGUAUCACCAUAGGCCCAAAUGAAAUAUGCAGUUUUGUAAUUGGAGAUGCCUGUGGAGAUGUUUAUAAUCCCUAUCACGAGUGGGAAGUAGCUUUCCCUCCAGUUCCGAAACCACCAGUUGUAAAAUUAGAUGCGCCUAUUGAAAAAGCUCCGACGUUUAAAGUUCUCCAAAUAUCGGACACACACUUCGAUCCUUAUUAUGCUGAAGGUGCUAACGCGGAAUGCAACGAGCCGCUUUGUUGUCGAGCUUCUAACGGCCCAGCUUUGACUCCGGGUGGAGGUGCUGGUCGUUGGGGCGACUACCGCAAGUGUGACACACCAAAACGCACUAUCGACCACAUGUUAAAGAACAUAGCAGAUACACACACCGAUAUUGACUAUAUUUUAUGGACCGGGGAUUUACCACCACAUGACGUGUGGAACCAAACAAAGGAAGAAAAUCUUAAGGUCCUUCAAGAAACUGUUGCACAAAUGUCUGAUAUGUUUCCCGGGGUUCCUAUCUUCCCUGCUCUUGGCAACCACGAAUCUUCACCAGUGAAUAGCUUUCCACCUCCAUAUAUCUCGUCGCCAGAGUCAAACAUCGCCUGGUUGUAUAACGAGCUGGACGCACAGUGGCGUAGAUGGCUGCCUGCAGGAGUGUCCCACACAGUACGCCGUGGGGCAUUUUAUUCCGUCCUUGUUCGACCUGGUUUCCGGAUUAUAUCUCUUAACAUGAAUUAUUGCAAUAAUAAAAACUGGUGGCUUCUACUGAAUAGUACGGAUCCAGCAACAGAGCUGCAGUGGCUCAUCUACGAAUUGCAGUCUGCUGAAUUUAGUGGUGAAAAAGUUCACAUAAUUGGGCAUAUACCUCCCGGGCAUUCGGAUUGUCUCAAAGUAUGGAGCAGAAAUUAUUACGCUAUCAUCAAUCGAUAUGAGUCGACUAUUACAGCCCAGUUCUUUGGUCAUACUCAUUACGAUGAAUUUGAAGUUUUCUAUGAUCCAAAUGAUUUAGGAAGAGCCACUAGUAUUGCUUAUGUUGGUCCGUCAGUGUCACCUUAUUAUGAUUUAAACUUGGGAUAUCGAAUAUAUUAUGUAGACGGAGAUCAUGAUUCAACAACUCGACUGGUUGUUGACCAUGAAACAUGGAUAAUGAACUUGAAGGAAGCAAAUCUAUUUGGUUAUCCAAUUUGGUAUAAGCUCUAUUCAGCAAGAUCUGCCUACAUGAUGCCAUCGCUUCGCCCGCAGGACUGGGACACGUUUAUAGACGAUAUGACUUCCAAGGAGGAUGUCUUCAACCUAUAUCACAAACAUUACUGGAAAAACAGUCCUCGCCGUGGGACUUGCGACGGGGAGUGCCGGAAGCGGCUAAUUUGCGACGCGCGGUCAGGUCGAUCACAUGACCGGCGCGCGCUCUGCGUGCACAUCGAGGCCCGCAUUGACGGCGCUGCGCCUGCGCCGCAGACGUGGCGCGCAUGGCUCUACAAUGGCCUGUCUGUCUCACCUAGUGUACAGCAAGUUUAAAUGGUGGUGGAAAUCUUUUAGGUGCGGCUCUGACAAAGAAUGUCGAUGAUAAUGCAAAUACCUCAAGUGGCUUACCAGAUACCAAAGUAUGUUAUGGGCCUCGGUUGAGAUUGCACACUUGGAUGCAAGUUGAGACAGUUAUCCUCUGCACCACCGGAUUUUACUACCAGAACAAAGAUUUUUAUUUACAUAUAUUUAAAAAAAAAACAUACAAAUAGCCUAAGUACUACAGAAUUAUAAAUACGACUGGCCAUCGCAAUUUCGGAUCUUUCAAUAAUUAUUUUGAGGCGUUGUUAAAAGUUUAUAAAUUAUAAGACAUUUGUAAAUAUCGUUUGUAAAUUUUGUAAUUAAAACUAUAUGAUAAGAUUUGA